ACUAACGUCACUUCACAAGCACAAGUGCUACAUGAACGUUUACUAAAGACGGCGCUCAUCAUGAAUCCCCUCACAGCCCUCCCAAGUUCCCUCCAUCUCCAGCAUCCCAAAAAUCACAAGAUAUGGAUACUGUCAAGACGUGGGCCGCGACCGACGGCUCCGUGAAAGCUGCCGUGCUCGUCGCUCUCAUCCUACUCUCCACACUAGCAACAUAUCUACUCCAGCAACCAGGCUUCCCGGAGAAUGCUCCGAAACUCCAUCAUGAGGACCGCUGGGUGGUCGGCACGCGGGCGUACUUUAGCAAGCGCUGGGACUUUUUCAGAGACGCGGCGGCCCGGAGCGCCACGGGGAUGUGGUCCUUCCAUGUUGGCCGGCUUCCCAUCAUCGGGCUCAGCGGUCCCGAGGGCCGGAAGGUGUUUUUCGAGAGCAAGCAGCUGGACAUGAGCAAAGGAUACGCCGUCCUCUUCGGCCAAUCCCCCGACGUCGACCCCAUGGCCCCCGACGACAAAGACCCAAGCAAACAAUCAAACUACAUCCUCACCACCCUAACCCGCCUCCUCAAGCGCGAAAACAUGCCCUCCCUCCUCGCCCGCAUCCUCAAAGACGUCCGCGCCAACCUCUCCACCCUCGCCACCACCACCCCCUCUUCAUCCCCCCAAACAAUCGACCCCUUCGCCACCAUCUACGCCCACAUCGCCCAACUCACAACCCGCACCUUCGCCUGCGACGCCCUCGCCGACAACCCCACCAACCUCGCCUCCAUCCUCUCCAACUUCGCCGCAAUCGACAAAUCCGCCACCCCUCUCACAAUGAUGUACCCGCGCAUCCCCACCCGCGCCUCCAUCUCCCGCUUCCUCGCCGGCAUCCGCCUCUACAGACUCAUCGACGCCGUCGCCCGCGCCCGCAUCGCCUCCUCCGGCCUCCGCCCCAACGACCCCCUCCAAUCCCUCCUCGACCAGGGCCACACAGCAGAUAAAAUCGUCGGCUUCGUCGUCAGCGCCCUCUUCGCGGGGAUGGUUAAUACGGGGCUUAAUACCGCCUGGACGCUCUGCUAUCUUGCCUUGGAUCCGGUCUGGUUGGCUCGUGCGCGCGAGGAAGUGCGCGGUGCGCUUGAUAGGCAUGUUCCGGAGGCGGAGGUGCCGGGGCGGAGACAGAGGACGCUGGACAGGAUAUGCGGGGUUCCGCUUCAGGCUUGGGAGGCGGAGUUUCCGGUCUUGGAGUGGUGUGUUCGGGAUACGAUGCGGAUUCAUAUGCAGGGUGCGGCGCUGAGGGCGAAUUUCUCGGGCAGGGAGGUGGGGUUGGGGAGGGGGGAGGUGGUGCCUGAUCGGACGUUUGUGGUCUACCAUACAGCCGACAUCCACCUCGACGAAUCCGUAUACCCGGACCCGCUCCGCUGGGACCCGGGACGCUAUAUGCCUGAGCGUGCCGAGGACAGGGGUGCGCAUCUUGCGUUUUUGGGCUGGGGCGCGGCGCGGCAUCCGUGUUUGGGGAAGGCGUUCGCAAAACUCGAAAUGACAACCACCCUCGCUGCCUUCAUCACGCUGUUCGACUUUUCCCUCGUGGAUUUGAAAGGGGAGCCGUUGGCACGUUUGCCGGCGCCGGAUCGCAAUCAGUGGCAGAUUGAGGGGCCGCGGGGGCCGGUGCGGAUGAGGGUUGGGCGGAGGGAGGGGGUUGUUUUUUAGGGUGCG